AUGGUUAACAUUCUGAAACUACAAGCUGAUCUUGAUGAUAAUACUAAUAUAGGCACAGCAGUCGUGAUUGAUGAUAUUGGGCAAUGCAAAGGGAUAUUAAACUCUGGCAGUUACUUACGCAUUUUAACACAAAAUAUACGUAGUAUUAAUAAGAAUUUUGAUGGGCUUACGGUUCUUCUCCAACAACUAGAAAUUGAACAAGAUAUAAUUAUAUUAACAGAAUGUUGGCUAUCUAAAGUUAACUUACUACCUACAUUACCAAAUUAUAAUCGAUUUAAUACAAAGCGGAACCUUAAUAAAAAUGAUGGAGUUGUUAUGUUUAUAAGAAAAUCUCUUCAGGUUAAGGUAAUAGAACCACAAAAUACGAAAGAACUGACGUGUCUGGUGGCUUGUCUUAAAGAUACAAACAUCAUUGGCAUUUAUAGACCUCCUGAAUUUACAAAUUUAGAUAAUUUUACACAUUCUUUGGAAUUUAUUCUUCAAGAUUUUACACAAAACAAUUUAAUUUUAAUGGGAGAUUUAAAUAUUGACAUCAAGGAUGGAUGUAAUGCAGCAAGAUGCGAUAGUUAUCUAGAAAUUACAGCUAUGUAUGGAUUAACGGCUACACAUAACUUCCUUACUACGGACAAAAGUUGUUUAGAUCACUGUUUAGUUAAAACAAAAUUACCGAUUAGCACUAUCGUCUGUCAAACAACUCUAACAGAUCAUGCAUGCGUUAUAGUCUCAUUAUCACAAAAGAAUAUUAUAGGAAAAUCAACAAUAACAUUUAAUAAAAAGAUAGAUUAUGAUUCUGUCAUUAAACAAUUAAAAAGUAUUGAAUGGAAUAUAUUACUUAAGGAUUUAAAUGCUAAUGAUGCUACAGAUACCUUUCUUGCUAUAGUUAUGACUGCAUUAGACUCAAAUACUACUUAUACA